AUGGGAAAUUAUAUUAUUAAAGGUUUACAUGCAAUUGGAUUACCUGAAACUACUAUCAAAUUCUUCUCUUAAACUACACAAGAUAAAAUUGCAAAUGCGAUUAUUAAUGGUGAUUUAGAUUUACUUUAAUAAAUAUCCUAAUCUACUAAUUACAAUUUCACAUCUAUUUUUCAAGGAGAAAACUCUUUAAUGUUAGCUGUUAGAAUGAAUUAAUUAGCUAUUGUAAAAUAUGUAAUAGAUUCUACUGAUGAAAAUCAAUUAACAACUCUUCUAGAAGAUAAAAAUCCAUAAGGAGAUACAUCUCUUAUGAUUGCUACUAUUAAUCAAAAUAUUGAAAUCAUUUAAUAUCUAAUUAGUGUUGGUGCUAAAGUUAAUACUAAAGAAAAUGGAGGUGCUAGUAUUUUUAUUGCUGCUUGUGCAAGUGGAAAUAUUGAAUUAGUUUAAGUCUUAUUUAAUGUUCCUGGCAUUAAUAUUUAUUUAAAAAAUAAUGAAGGAUAAACUGCUAUUCAUAGAGCAUGUUAUUAUGGGGAAAUUGAAAUUGUUCGCUUUCUCUUAAAAAAUACUAAACUUUCUUUAUUAUCUAAAGAUAAAUUAGGAAAUAACUGUUUCCAUUUAGCAGCCAAACAUUUCUAUAUGACUCUUAUUAGAUAUAUGCUUAAAAAAUUUAAAAAACAUAAUUAAGUACUUCAAAUCACUAAUGGAGAUAAUCAAUCAACCUUAGAUAUUUUAUUAGAAUAAUUUAAUAAAAUUAAAGAGGAAUCAUAUCUCCCAGUAGAAAUCAAUCAAAUUGAAGAAUAUAUUAAAAAUAAAGAUAUGCCACCAGAAAUCAAUUAAUUGACACAUAAACAAAGAGAAUAACAAAAAAAAUAAAUAACUAGAAAUACAGGAAAUAAAAAAAGAAAAACUGUUUUAUAUAAAUAAAAUCUGAAGUUGUAAUGA